AUGAAGACCUCCGCAUUCGCCUUCAUCGCCCUCUCCUUCUUCGGCACCUCCCUCGCCGCACCCCCCACCUCCUCCCUGCCGUCCUCCUCGCUCGACGCGCGGGGCCCCUCGGGGAUCAACAACAAGGGCAGCGCGCUGUGCAAGAAGGGGUCGAUGCAGGACAUCCUGAAGCACGUGGGGUCGCUGCCGGACUUCCAGCUGUACAAGGACGGCGAGCACAUCAUCUGCUCGGACAUCAGCAGCGGGACCGGCGGCACCUGCCUCUUCUUCCAGAACACGGGGCAGACCCACCUCGGCGCCGAGGUCAAGGAGCUGCUCACCUACCUCUCCCAGCACAAGAACACCGACGGCUGCGGCAGCAUUCCUGUUACUUACCCCCCGGAUGUGGGAGGCAUCAAUGAGCUUAGCUACGCGGGUUAUCUGACGGUUAACUAUGUCGCUAAUACGGAUAACCCUUGCCCGCCCGGUGUCUGCGGUGCGACGAAUUGCUGA